GUGCGGGCGUGCCGCGGCAGUCGGGCAGUCGGAGCAGCCCAUGACGCCAUGCGCGGCGCGCCGGGUGUGCUCGUGGUGCUUCUGGCGGUGGCGGCGCAGGCGCAGAACGUCGCGCGACCGUGCCAGUACGACAGCAACUGCGUGGAGAACGCCUACUGCGUCCUGAACACGUACUGCCGCUGCAAGGAAGGCUUCGUCAUCAACGGCAGUCACCGCAACAACACCCUCGCUUGCCUCAAGGAGGCGGCGGCCAUGGGCGACCCGUGCGACCACGACAUCCAGUGCAGCCGGCCGUUCGGCGCGCACGCGCGGUGCCUGCCCGGGGCAGUGUGCGGCUGCAGGGAGGGCGCGCACUUCCGCGAGGACCUGUGCUACCCCAGCGUGCGCAUCGGGGGCCAGUGCACGGUGCGCAACGACUGCCGGGUGGGAGCCUCAACCAUGGACGCCGCCUGCGUGCGAGGGGCGUGUCUGUGCCAGCCCGGCUUCCACGGCGGCAGCGGGGGCCGCGACUGCCUGCCGGACAUCUUGCUGGGGCACCGGUGCCAGGCGAGCAGCGACUGCUCCGCGCCGAACGCCACCUGCAGCGCCGAGGUGUGCCGCUGCCCCGUCAGCCACGUGCCCAACUCGCGCAACACCCGCUGCCUCCCGUAUGCCUUCCGGCUGGGCACGCCGUGCGAGGAGGACAUACAGUGCAGCGAGAUGCUGGAGAACUCGGUGUGCGACGGCGCGCGGACCUGCUCCUGCCCGCAGCUGUACCACGCCGUGUCCGAGGACAGCUGGUGCUGGUUCAGCGUGCGACUGGGCGGCGCGUGCAGCAACUGGCGCGAGUGCGUGGUGGCGGCCAACAGGACGGGCGUGGCGACCUGCGGCUCGGCUGGCGUGUGCGAGUGCGGCUCCGGCCUGCGCCCCAGCGACGACCACAGCGACUGCAUUUCCAGUGGGAUGUCUUUCGUGAGACGUCCAACCUCUCUCACUUGGCUGGCAAUCAUCAUCUACACGCUCCUUGCUCCAACUUAAAUGUCGCUACAAGACAAGACAAAACCAGAAAAUACAGGAACCAAGCCCCUUAAAAUCCAAGAAUGGGGCACUAGUCACAAAGCGCACGUGUUUUAUUGGGGCUGAUUGGGACUUCUCUAACUGCCCGAGUGAUAAACUUUGUAUUUACUUUGAAAAAUGUCACAAAUAAUUCUUGAAUAUGUUACACCAGAAGCUUUAUUUUUUAUCGGUUGGUUUUAUUACUACUUAGGUAUAUUUUUUUAAUUAAUGAUGUAUGUUGAUGUGAAAUGAAGUACUUAAGAUUUUUGUAUGUAAUAACUCAUUUCAGUUAGCUUAAUUUAGAUGCAUUACAGUGCAUUUUCUUAUUUUAAUAGGUCGUGAGUUGUAAAUAACUAAAAAAUAAGUUUUUUUCACCAACAUAUUUUGAAAAAUUUUAAAUUAAUAUAAUGAAUUAAGUGUAGAAUAUAUAUGUAUCCAAUGAAUUAUUUUAACAAAACUGGGUUUGUUUACAACCAAGUAUCUUAAAAAGAGAUCGAAUGCCAUGGUUUGAAUUACGAACAAGGGAGAAUAUUAAUUCGGUUAAAUAAAGGGAAUAUAGUGAGUUCCGACCAACCAAAAUCCUUGUUCGAAAUAAGUUUGACCUGAGAUCAAACUCACUGAUGAAGAACAGAAGUUAAUGUUCUAAAAUUAACUUCUGUUCUUCAUCAGUGAGUUACCGCGAUAACUUAAUAAUUCAGAGUCGUGUUAUGACAGCUUCAGUACCGAUAGUCACUCCAACUUGCUAUUUUAUUGCUUCAACCAUAUUUAAAACAAAAUACUGUUAUUAAGUUAUAAAAUUCUAUCUCUAGAACAGUAUCUACAAAAAGUUAACAGGUUGGUAGUGUUUAAAUAAAACACACGAAUUUAUUAAUCAUUGAAACCUGCAAGCAUAUGUGAAACUCAUAAUUCACAGUUAUGUUAACAAAUGUGACAUUUACUUACCAUUUUAAUUAACAAAUAACCCCCCAGAAUAGCAAAUUCUUGGUAGUGAUGAAAUAACCUGUCAUAAGUUUAACAUUUUAUUCAACUUCUAAGAUUAUAUCACCAGUAACCAAUAAUAUUCUGUAGUAUUAUGUAUAUAUAUGCAUACAGCUGUGUAAUAACUUAUUGUUAUUACAUAACUAGUUAAUUAUAUAUUAGAAGGAAAACGUCUGUAUUAAUUUUUAUACUUAAUUAAGUGUUUUUACAAAUAUUGUUAUAUGCCUGUUAUAUAUUGUUUUGUACAAGAAAAAAUAACUUAGAAUUAAGUGUUGUCGCCUCACUUAAAAAGUAACAACUUGGUGAACAUAAUAAUCUAGAAGAGGUUAUAUAUCGUCUUAUCAAAAUCAGAUGUCAGUUUUAAAAAACCAAAAUUAUAUUAAGUAUUCGUUUGGUUAUCAUUUUUACCAAAUCGAAACCGAAAGAAAUGUUAAUUUUUUUAAUUCGUACUUUUAGUGUUUAGAGAUGGUCUUGGGAGGAUUCUGAUGCAGUGUCUCCGGAGGUAUCAUCUUAUACUGCCUCACCUGCAAUAAGUCGUUUAGUUACAAACUCAAGUGUUUAUUAUUAUUUUAAUAUCGUACUUUUACAAACACCUAAUUUGAAGAGUUAAUAAAAUGUUUUUUUACUCA